AUGGAACCUACGCCAUAUUCUUCUACAAAUCUUACCACAUAUGAUACCUAUUCCUUGUUGGGUUUAACAUCGACCAUUGCUGCCUUGGGAGAAGAUCCUUUCUCCAUUGCCUUACCCUUUGAAGAUAAUUUUGACCCAUCGUCUGUUGAGACACUGAACAAUGCUGCCGUAGCCACUGAAGACCCUAUUCAAGACAGUAACUGGCAAUCCUCAAGUAUCGAUGACCAUCCCUUCUUUUCGCCAACCGUACAAGAGAAGAAGUUAAUCGAGGAGGCCUUGAAGUCAGAAGAAGACCAGAGUUUGGUGCCACUUACACUACGACUAUUACAUGAUAGGUUUGCUAAACCGAAGAAUGCACAAGAAGUUAAAAACUAUCGGGAAUGUAGCAAUUCGUAUAUCAAGAGUCUUUACCGUGAAGCCAACCUUUCCAACUUUAAAAAGUUAUUGAAGAAGAUACGUAAAGCUGAUGCCUGGUGUCAUGUUGAUAAAAGUUGA